ACUAGGGUUAGUAUAUAAUGGGGACCGUAUAUAAUGACAUAAACCUAAUUCACUCAUUUGUUCGUGCCGUCAGAAAAAAAAAGAAACAAGAGAUUUUUUUAUCCACCAUCUCUCGGAUUCUCUUUCUCGCUGACCUUGUGUCUUCUCCCACUCUCAAAUCUAUCUCCUCGCUGGAUCUCACUUUCUCAUCUCUCUCCUCGCCGAAUCCAGUUCUCUCAAGCUAUCCUCGCCGCCAGCUCUCCUCUCUCUCUCUCUCACACACACCGCCAGAUCUACUUUAUCGCACGCCUCACCACCAUGGCUGGAGGAAGCAAGGCAAAAUAGGACGGAAAAACCGCCAUGGGAGGUGAAGGAUUGAGAAGAAGCUUGAUGUGUAAGGAGACAACCAGCGGUGGUCACUGUGGUGGUGGUGCGGCGGAGGAGGGAUGGAGUCGGCUGAUUUAUUUUGUAGGGUUAAAUUUUUUUUUAGAAUUAGGUUUGGUUAAGUUUAGCUAGAUUACACUUAAUUAGGUUUUGUUAAACCGGUUCAAUUAACUAAACCAGUUUGUUAUAAGUUUUUUAGGUUUUUAAUAUAUUCAUGUAUUUAAAUAUGUAUCUGUAUGUAUAUAUAAAUACCAGUUUCGUUAUAUAUAUUUAUUUAUAUUUUUUA